AGCGUUUGGUACAACAAAAAGAAAGGAUCCAUUAUUUAAAGAAGUUGCAGGAUGGCCCCUACUUGGACAGCUCCCUGGAAGUAUUUUGGAAAUUGCUCGACCUUGGGAGGCAGGUACGAUAAUGACUUUGAAGCUUCGGCCAGGAUUUAGCAUCACACUGCCUGGCGCUAGAGUGAUUGAAAUUAGCAAGCCAGAAUGGAUUGAAUACGUACAGAAAACAAACUUCGAGAACUACGUCAAGGGUGACAUGUUUCAGUCUUUGAUGGCAGAUUUGUUCGGAAAAAGUAUCCUGGUAACAGAUGGUGCGGCCUGGAAGAGGAGCCGACUUGUGACUUCAAGAAUUUUUCACAUCAACACUUUCAAGAUCGUCGUGGAGCCUGUUGUUGACCAAAGCAUGCACGAGGUCCUAGAGGUCCUUCAAGUUGCUGGCGAUGAAGGUCGUGACAUCGACUUUUGCAACUUGUUCAAUCGCUUUACGUUGGAUUUGUUUGCCGAGAUGACCUUUGGAACGAAAUUGGGCCUUCUUGAAGGAAACUCAGCAGUGAAGGAUGAAGGUGGAGAAGGCUACUCGUACCCUGAGGCCUUUUGUGAUGCGUUCAACUUUUCACAAAAGCACAUGGAUUCUAGAUUUGAUGUAGCUGUCGUAUGGCAAUGGAUUCAGAAAAUGAACUUUCGCGCGACAAAGAAGAUGGAAUCCUCAUGCCACACAAUUCACGACCAUGCUUACACUGCAAUCGACGAAAAGAUGUCCAAAUUGUCAACUGGGGACCUCACAGCCGACGACACCUUGCAGAAGGACUUCUUGGGACUGAUAAUGUUGUCUCAUCUUCAGAAAGGACACACUUUGACUCGUGAUGAGCUCAGGGACGAUUUGUUGAGCUUACUUUUUGCUGGCCGCGAUGCAACCGCACAAUCCUUGUCGUGGUGCUUUUUCCAUUUAUUGAUGAAUAAAGAUAUAAUCACCAGAAUUCGAGAAGAGGCGGCUGAAAUAUUGGGGGAGGAUUCAGAAAACGUAGGACGUGUAACUCCCGAUAACUACCGGCUAUUCACCUGCGCGUAUGCAUCCCUACUUGAAGCAUUUAGACUACAUCCCGCUGUUCCUAAAAAUGUGAAGUUUGCCAAGGCUAAUGACAAGAUUCCGGAGGGACCAAUGAUUGAAGCAGGCGACUGUCUAACAUGGAGCGAUUGGCAGUUGGCCCGCGAUCCUGAGGUAUGGGGGCCUGAUUGUGGGCAAUUCAUACCUGAUCGCUGGAUCGACGAAACGGGAAACAUAACACACUUCGGAAACUUCAAAUUUCAUUCUUUCAACGGUGGGCCUCGACUAUGCGUAGGAAUGAACAUGGCGAUUUACAUAGAAGUCAAAACAAUCGUCGAGACUUUACAAAAAUUUGAUCUGGAAUUUUCCCAAGGAUGGUUGGAGAACGUCCCGAUGAGUGAGGAGAUACCGGGCGUCAAAACCCUUUACCCGACUCCACAGUAUCAACCCUCCUUAACCUUGCCCAUGAAGAACCCAAUGAUGAUUUCUGCCACACCUCGGAAACUUUAA